AUGGAUCCUGAACUGAAAAAGGCAUUUACCGAAAUGCAGGUGAAUAAGAUCGAAUCUACCAAGAAGAUUCGCCUGCUGCAUAUGAAGACGGAUAGUUUGAAGCUGUCGAAGCAGCGUAUCGAAGUAACGAAUCGACACAUCUCCAACCUUGAUCCCGCUACCAGAGUAUACGCAUCGGUUGGGCGUAUGUACGUGCUGAAUGAUGUUCCAACGUUGACCGAACAACUAAAAACGAACCACGCUUCAUACGAAGAAAUGAUUGCACAGUGCGAGAAGAACAAAGACUUUUUGAUUAAAAAUCUCAAAGAACAGGAAGAAAGUCUCCGCGAGCUGGUACAACAGAAGAAGGCAGAGACGACCGAAACGAAUGGGAAGCCGGCGGAAUAA